AGAGAGAGAUCGCGCUAUUUAUUUAGCUCGUUUGCAUCUGUACCUCCCUCUCCCUUCCUUUGAAGAGAGAAAUAACUUAGGGGGAGAGAGAGAAGGAAGGAAAGGAAGGAAGGGGUUUGAGUGUAGAAAGGAGAGCUCGACACUCUUUCCCGUCCCCCCAUUCUCUCUCUGUCUAUUCUUUCUCUCUCUGAGAACAGAAAAAUCAAAGACUCCAUCCUUUCACAUUUUCUUUUCCCAAGAUGAUCUCCCUAAACAGAAGCUCUUUCCUGAAUAAGACCGGGAUAUCUGGGUUUCGUAGCCCUUCCCCUGGGGCGGCGCUGAGAAGACGGCCAGUUUCGGUGAGAGUGAUGGCUUUGGGCACAAAUGGCCGGGCAGGGGAGAGAAACGCUGCCGUUUUGGUGGAGAACAGGUUGAAGGAAAUGAGAGAGGACUCCUCAGCUAUCGCUGACGUGGAGUCCAAACCUACCCUAGGCGGUGAAGUCCAGGACGAGUUCGACGAGGAUGCCGCCACUGAGGAGGAGUUUGUCACCCCUUGGUGUCUCUCUGUUGCGAGUGGUUAUUCUUUGCUGAGAGAUCCGCACCAUAACAAGGGGCUUGCUUUCAAUGAAAAAGAGAGAGAUGCCCACUUUUUGCGAGGUCUUCUCCCCCCAACAGUUGCUUCUCAUGAGCUUCAGGUGAAGAAAAUGAUGCAUAAUAUCCGCCAAUAUCAACUUCCACUACAGAAGUACAUGGCCAUGAUGGAUCUCCAGGAGAGAAAUGAAAGACUAUUCUACAAACUUCUUAUUGAGAAUGUUGAGGAGUUACUCCCAAUUGUAUACACUCCCACUGUUGGUGAAGCUUGCCAGAAAUAUGGGAGCAUCUUCAUGCGUCCUCAGGGUCUCUUUAUUAGUUUGAAAGAAAAGGGCAAGAUUCGUGAGGUUUUGAGGAAUUGGCCUGAGAAGAAUAUUCAAGUUAUUGUUGUCACUGAUGGGGAGCGGAUUUUGGGGCUAGGAGAUCUUGGCUGUCAGGGGAUGGGAAUACCCGUUGGAAAACUUUCAUUAUACACUGCACUAGGUGGAGUUCGCCCUUCAUCUUGCUUACCUAUAACCAUUGAUGUGGGUACAAACAAUGAGACACUACUGAAUGAUGAGUUUUACAUUGGGCUCAGGCAAAGGAGGGCAGCUGGGCAGGAAUAUGCUGAGCUCCUGGAUGAAUUUAUGACCGCAGUCAAGCAAAAUUAUGGAGAAAAAGUCCUCAUUCAGUUUGAAGACUUUGCAAACCACAAUGCUUUUGAUCUGCUUGCAAAAUAUGGCACAACGCAUCUAGUUUUUAAUGACGAUAUUCAGGGGACAGCAUCCGUGGUACUUGCAGGGCUAGUUGCAGCUCAGAACUUAGUUGGGGGAACCUUAGCUGACCACAGAUUUCUAUUCCUAGGUGCUGGAGAGGCUGGUACUGGAAUAGCAGAACUCAUAGCCCUUGAGAUAUCAAAACAGACAAACGCCCCAUUGGAAGAGACCCGCAAGAAGAUUUGGCUUGUUGAUUCAAAGGGGUUGAUUGUCAGCUCCCGCAAGGAAUCGCUCCAACAUUUCAAGAAACCUUGGGCUCAUGAACAUGAACCUAUUAAUGAACUUGUAGAUGCUAUUAAGGCAAUCAAGCCAACCGUGUUGAUAGGAACAUCAGGAGUAGGAAGAACAUUUACCAAAGAAGUGGUUGAGACCAUGGCCUCCAUCAAUGAGAAACCUAUUAUUCUUGCUCUGUCCAACCCAACUUCACAGUCUGAAUGCACUGCCGAGGAAGCUUAUACAUGGAGUCAGGGCCGAGCCAUUUUUGCUAGUGGCAGCCCAUUUCCUCCUGUUGAAUAUGAGGGGAAGCUUUUUGUGCCUGGCCAGGCAAAUAAUGCAUACAUUUUUCCUGGACUUGGUCUCGGUUUAAUAAUGUCUGGUGCUAUCCGUGUUCACGACGACAUGCUCUUGGCAGCCUCGGAAGCUUUGGCUGCACAGGUGAGCGAGGAGAACUUUGCCAAGGGACUCAUAUUCCCUCCAUUUACUAACAUUAGAAAGAUUUCAGCACAUAUUGCUGCUAAAGUUGCUGCUAAAGCUUAUGAACUUGGUUUGGCUACUCGCCUUCCUCAGCCUAAAGAUCUGGUGAAGCAUGCCGAGAGCUGUAUGUACAGCCCUGUCUACAGAAGUUACCGGUGAAUUGGUAGAAAUUUGUCCAUUUUAUUGUAUGAAUUCACUAUAAUUAUACCACCUCUGGCGCAAUCAAUUUCCUAUAAAAAAAAAAAUUAAAUUAAAUCUUUUCUCCCCUUCCUUCUACCCUUUUUAAGUCGUGGUUGGGUAAGGAGAAUCUGUGUGGGUGCUGGUAGUUGGAUUACAAGUCAUGUUACAUUUUUCAGUUUACAUGAAAUAAAAGUUCACAUUACUGAUUUUGGAUGAUA